CUACUAUCCACGAGAUAUGCACAUUUUUUUGUCUUAUGAGUCACGUGUAUCACAUUUUUGCCGAGAGUAACUCAUGUUGGGUCUUGCAUCGCUUCCUUCUUACGACGCUCAGAUAGCGAGGCAGUGUAACGUGGUGCUGACUCUUUCCAGGCUGAACGAUACUCUUUCAUAUCCAAAUGUAUCAAGUUCUCGCAUGAAAACGCUCACGCGGCUGCUGAUCUUCAGGAACCCACAACGACAAAAGUGGUAACUAUGAUGUCAAAAUGAUGAAAAGCGUCAUCCUAACCGACAUCGCCAAAACCGAGCAAGCAGCAUUAGUAUUUAACGUCUUGCAUGAGCAUAUAGCCCAAUUGACCUCCCGUACCUUGCAAAUUGCAAAGCUUAAAAUCGAAAGACGCACGGCAUUCCUCUUCUCAGAAGUCUCAAGCAAACUCCAAUAUCCAAGCAUUAUGCCUCGCCAAGGAAGCGGUCACAUCUCUCACAAUGCCGAAGAGACGGGCCAUGAUGUGAUCCACGGCACUGGUCAGGAUAAGUCAGAUCAUGUUGAUCGCGCUGACAAGACAGCGCCCAUGCCCGAACAUGAGAAGGGGUCCGCGAUUGAGGGCAUGAAUGCUAGCGGUGGUGGUAGCUCGGGGAUUUCACAAGGACUGGAAGCAGGUCAAGGUGGACGGGGCAUGAAAUAAUUUUGAUGAUCAAACUACCGGAUGUGGUCCGUUGUCUUAAUAUUGACCUACCAGGUUUGACAUUCACAUCGACGAAUCUGCAAACGGGAUGUUCACACAUCCUUCAGAGUAAUGUCUCACGAUGCUUUUGACUAGGCUAUAACCUAGUAGCAGCAAAGUACUUUCACGAUGAUAGCAGAUACUUCAGGUCUAGCUAGUCUCCUAAUUGGAAUAGACAUGACCGCAUCGAAGUUUUUUUUCUCUCCUAUCUACAAUGUUUGUCCGAGAAUCAUGUUACAGGGGGAGAAUAAACUUUUGUGGUCUAACAGCCCUAGCGGUCUGACCAAUGCGGACUUUCGGUUUCCUACUGAAGACGGUUAUUUAAAAUAGCCGGAAAGUCGAGAGGAAAACGAAGAUAGAAGGAUUGAAACCAGGCCGCUAGAGCACCAACCAAUAUUUUCCUCGGCCGUCAAUCCAAAAUGCAGC